AGCUCAGCGUCAUUCCUCUCAUUCAGACUUCCACAGCUGGAUUAGAAAGCCAGAUGUUGCUGACCCACAUAAAGGAUAGGAACAGCUGUCUGUAGGAUGGGGUGGAAGCUGUCCUGGAUUUUAACAGUCAUGACAAGAGCUAACACAUGUGGAGCACUGUGAUGAGAGAGGAUUAGUCCAUAAGCUUAAACAGCUAAAGAGAAGAACAAGAGAAACAGCAAAGAAGAGGAAAGGUCUGACCAGAGGCCUCAGUGUUGUUACUGCGCACACUGUAAGACUUAACAUCAUGGGAAAGCAGAACAGCAAGCUCAGGCCAGAGAUGCUACAGGACCUGAGGGAGAACACAGAGUUUACUGAUCAUGAGCUACAGGAGUGGUACAAGGGGUUUCUUAAAGACUGUCCCAGUGGCCAUUUAAACGUGGAGGAAUUUAAGAAAAUCUAUGCCAACUUCUUUCCCUAUGGGGACGCCUCUAAGUUUGCUGAGCACGUCUUCCGUACGUUUGACACCAACAACGACGGCACUAUCGACUUCCGGGAGUUCAUCAUCGCUCUGAGCGUGACAUCACGAGGAAAACUGGAGCAGAAGCUGAAAUGGGCUUUCAGUAUGUAUGACCUGGAUGGUAACGGUUACAUCAGCCGUGAGGAAAUGCUGGAGAUCGUACAGGCCAUUUACAAGAUGGUUUCAUCUGUGAUGAAGAUGCCUGAGGAUGAAUCUACACCAGAGAAGAGAACAGACAAAAUAUUCAGACAAAUGGACCUGAAUAACGAUGGCAAGUUGUCUUUGGAAGAGUUCAUAAAAGGUGCCAAAAGCGAUCCGUCCAUUGUGCGACUACUGCAAUGUGACCCCAGCAGCGCCUCUCAGUUUUAAAGCUCAGCAGACAUCUGCCGCUCGAUGCAUGAAAGCUGUCAUAUUUCAUUAUUCUUGUG